GUCGCCAUUCUUUCUUUUUGCAGUUGCAGAUACUAGUGAAGCUGCAAGUUGCCAAGUUCUGAGCCUUCUGAUCUCUGACCCAAAUUCAACGAAGGAGAAAGCAGAAAACGUAAAAGGUUGUUGAAGCACAGGUCUUACCUUCCAUGGCACAGAAUAGCAGGAAGAGGCCCAAUAUUCUAAUGACGGGAACCCCAGGAACGGGCAAAACUACGACCUCAUCUCUGCUGGCCGACGCGACGCAGCUUCGCCAUAUAAAUGUGAGUGAACUGGUGAAGGAGAAGAAUUUGCAUCAGGGAUGGGACGACGAGUUCGACUGUCAUGUCAUCGACGAAGACUUGGUGUGUGAUGAGCUUGAGGACUUGAUGGAAGAAGGGGGAAACAUUAUAGAUUACCAUGGUUGUGAUUUUUUCCCUGAACGUUGGUUUGAUCAUGUAGUGGUCCUUCAAACUGACAAUUCAGUGUUGUAUGAUCGCUUGAGCAACAGCAGAGGCUACAUGGGCCGAAAGCUUACAAACAAUAUUGAAUGUGAAAUUUUUCAAGUGUUGCUGGAAGAGGCAAAAGAAAGUUACCAAGAGGACAUUGUGGUGGCAAUGCAGAGCAACUGCGUUGAUGACAUAAGUAACAACGUUGCCACUUUGACAGAUUGGGUGAGGAGUUGGCAGCCAGCAUCAUAGUCACRUCACUAUUUUCUUCUGGGCAUAUCCUUAUAUGAUGCUAAAACAGCUACAUAGAACCUUUAUCAGUGCUAGGAAGAUUUAUAAAAAGGCUGUUUGCAUGGAAUACCUCUUUUUGUGUUUGUUUCUCUAAGAGAAACUUGUUAAAGCMAACAUGGUAGUCUACUAUUAUCAAAGCUAGAUGGUUAUAUUUGAUAUAUUGCUUUAUCUCGGCUGGUGGUUGGGAUUAGUA